UCUCUGUCUCCUCAGUCCAUCACUAUGUUGGCCCUCAAUAACACCAGUGUUCAGCCUGUGGUCUUCUUCCUGACGGGUAUUCCAGGAAUGAAAACAGCCCAGGCCUGGAUAUCUAUCCCGGUUUGCCUCCUGUAUGUGCUCGCCAUCUCUGGGAACAGCUUGAUCCUCUUUGUGGUCUUCCAUGAACAGAGCCUCCAUGGACCCAUGUAUUAUUUCCUCUCGAUGCUUUCAGCCACAGACUUGGGCUUGUCCUUGUGCACCCUUUCCACAACACUUGGUGUCUUGUGGUUCGAAGCCCGAAAGAUCAACUUAAACGCCUGCAUUGCACAGAUGUUCUUUCUUCAUGGAUUCACUUUCACGGAGUCUGGAGUUCUGCUGGCCAUGGCCUUCGAUCGUUUUGUGGCCAUCUGUGACCCACUGCAUUACACUACCACCCUCACCAAUGCGAGAAUUGUCCACAUUGGGUUGAGCAUGCUGAUCAGGAGUGUUGCUGUCAUGUUGCUAGUUGUGCUCUUUGUCAAGAGAUUGUCCUUCUGUAGGUCUGUGGUCCUCUCCCUUUCUUACUGCUACCAUGUUGAUCUCAUUCAACUCUCAUGUUCCGACAACAGAAUCAACAGCAUUCUAGGCCUGUUUGCAAUCUUCUCCACAGCAGGAUUUGAUUGCCCUUGCAUCCUACUCUCCUAUGUCUUGAUCAUUCGGUCUGUUCUCCGCAUUGCUUCCUCAGAAGAACAGCAGAAAGCCUUCAACACCUGCAUAUCCCAUAUCGGUGCAGUUGCCAUCUUCUACAUGCCCCUCAUCAGUCUGUCUCUUGUUCAUCGUUAUGGCCAUUCUGCGCCUCCCUUUGUUCACACCCUCAUGGCCAAUGUCUUCCUGCUAAUCCCUCCCGUGCUCAACCCUAUCAUCUACAGUGUGAAGACUAAGCAGAUUCGAAAGGCAAUUAUCAAGGUUAUAAAUCGGAAGCAAGGUCGAAUCUAA